CCCCCAGUCACAGCAGCCAUCAGAGACGGACACAUCAUCCCCGGGGCUAUGAGCAGACUGACGGGCAGCAGCCGCAGAUCGAGUACCAGUACGCCUGCAUCAAUGAUCCGAGCCAGAGCACUGCCAAUGGGGAAGUUGUCCUUAUUGAAAUACCAGAUGAAGGAAGCAAAGAGGAUUUGGAGGACGAGACUUGCUACACAGAGCACAACUUGUCGCUGCUGCUGCAGGAGAAGGAAAGUCUGGAAAAGACUCUUGAGGAGGAGCGGACCACGUGGGCCCAGACAGAGCACAGAAUGAAAGGUACUAUAGAAAGGCUUCGUACAAAGGUUGAGUAUUUGUCCAACACAAACAUGUCACUCAAGCAGCAGCUGUCCAUGAUUCACACGUCCAGUUUGAAACGUCUAACCAACGACAGCGAGAACCAGUCCAUUUUGCAAGAGUUACUGCAACACAUGUCUGAGGAGCACACCCAGCUGCUGCACCACCAUCUAGCACAGCUACGGCUGUACGCUCAGGCCUGCGCAUUAUCCAAAUCAGCCCCCGAGGAAUCUGCAGCUGAAUCUACAGUCUUGGUACCAGACCUGGCUGACCAAUCACAGGACAUCUCAAACAUGGCCAUGAUGUCGUCCUCGGAGGGCACCCUUGGGAACAUGGAGCAGACAGUCGUCAUGACGAUAACGUCUGAGGAGGAUUCGGAGCCGCUCGGCAACAUCGUGGAUAACCCCGGAGAUACUGUUGGACAUGACUCCUUGACUUUGGAUAAGGACGUUCACUUGUCACCAAAUGACAUUCUGUACCAACUGACAAGCGAGGGACUGUCAUCAAGACAUGCCACCUCUGAGUCGGGUCACGUUUAUCAAUCAGGUAGAACUCAUUCAUAUCACAACACAGGCUGUGAUGUCACGCAACAGGAUUUUCACAAGAACAAAAGUUGAAAAUUGGUUCUUUCCAACAGCAUGCCAAAAAUAUUCUGCCCCGAUGGCUUUGACAAAAGAACGUUUGAUGACAACAUGUCAAAUGAGGGACCACCAUUAAAAUGUGGGAGAACUAACAGCCUGAAAGCCACUUAACUAAAUAAAACCGGACAUAUUGUGUAAACAGCGUACACUCAGUGUUGUCCGAGGGCUUAGUUGGGGGGGGGGGGGACUUGAA